UAUAUAAAUAAACCAAAUGUUGUCGUUAAUAUAACAAAUUAGCAACUAAUAAUAGACAAUAUAUUGCGAAAUGGAUCUGCUCGACUCAAUCCUGAACUCAAUGGACGGUCCGCCAGCCACAAAUGAACAACAGAAAAAGGUUAUAAAAAAGCAACGAGAAUUGGUAGAGCGAAUGCAAAAUAAGCAAAAGGAGGAGCUGCUUCGAUUUCGAAAGUAUGUGGACGAAAGGAUGGGUCGAUUCGCCAAAGACGAUAGAGUCUACAUCGAGUUCCAGCCGAUGGACAAAGUGCAUCGCUCUGUUAUACACGAGAUAGCUGAAAAUGGUGGAUUUAUUGCCAUGAGUUUUGGCCGCGAGGACGAGAACAGGCAUUCUGUAGUUUACAAAAAGGAGCACCCGCCCAGCGAAGACGAAGUGUCAGCUAGGCGCAAUGGUGAAGGUUGGACCAAGGACGUAGCCAAAGAGUAUUCGGAGAAGCGAAAAGAACGCGUAGCACUGGAGCAAAGCCUGAACGAAAAAUAUAGUGAGGCUUCUGAUGGAGCCGCUGGCUGUUCUGGUCAAAUAAAGCCAGCAUCUAACUACAAAGCCAAAUAUGCUCACCUCAUUGGCGAAUCAGCGGCACUUCAAGCAGCACGAAAAACAGAAACAAACCAAAGCUAUGGCUUUGUGCCCAGUAAAAAUAAAAAGGACAUGCGUUCCAUUGAGCAGACAUUGGCCGACAUACAGGCCAAAAAGAAAUUGAAACUACAACAGCAGCAUGAGCAGGACCUGGCAGAGACAGACAUACUGAUACCUGCGACUGAACAGCAAUAAGAUCAACAUCAAAUCAACAUAUUUUCCAAACGUUAAUAGUAAGACUACACAUAUUGUUUGUAUGUACAUACAUACAUAUGUACAUGUUUUGUUAGAUACGCAGUCGAGCAGGGUUAAUGUUAAUGCCUACAUGCGUGUUUGUAUGUACAUAUGUUAAAACGCAUCGACUGUGGUUGUUUAGAUAAAGUUAUAUACAUAUGUAAACUGCAGUGUCCAAUUAGCAAUUUCUAUUUAUAUAAUAAA